UAUGCAUACCAAAUAGUAGGAAAAUUCGCAUCUUCUGAGUAUCAAUGCUUAUCCCAACUAUUAGGUAACACAGUGCUUUCUGGUAUUACUUCAGUUUAGCCAGACUGUACAUAUGUAAGCAAGCCAUCAAGGUGGUUCUUAUUUUGUUAACAAUAAUACAUUAAUAUCUUGCAUAAAAAAUGAUUCUCACUGGAAAGCACCAUAUCGUUGGUGUUUGUGUUCGUCGAUUUGCUAGCAAAGCUGCAACUCAACAUGAAGGCGGGAUGGACUUGUGGAAAAAAUUUUCAUUGUUUGGAGCAAUCCCGUGCGUUGGAAUCUUGACCUUCAAGACGAUCCUAGAUAUGAAGAAACAUGGUCAUGAUGAACGACCACCAUUCGUUGCUUAUGAUCAUCUCCGAAUUCGGAACAAGCGAUUUCCGUGGGGGGAUGGAAGGCGGAGCUUGUUCCACAAUCCGCAUACAAAUCCACUGCCAGACGGAUAUGAAGCUUGAGAGAUUUCCGAGUUAAAUAUUUGCAGAAGAAUCAAACUUCAAUAUAUUUGUUAGUAAACCUGCGCCAAUACUCACUUUAGUUAAAUUAAUUCAUAGUAUCUAAAGUUGCAAAUUAUCCUGGAAAAAUCUGAAAGCCAAUGUCAGGUUUAGAAUUGUGAAUAGAAUAAAUGCUAUGGUUAACUCAACAGCCUACAAAAUCA